GAAUCACCGAGCCGGAAGUGUGACGUCAGUCUACACAAUCUUCGAGCAGAGGAAAGGCGGCGAGGAGAGAGAGAGAGAGAGAGACUCGGAGCCAGUGAUUAUUACAGGAGCUCCCCGCUGAACAAAAAUCACGGCCAGUACAAUGGCCGAGGAAAAUAUCUUUCUGUUUGUCCCUAAUUUAAUCGGCUAUGCCCGAAUCAUCCUGGGUCUGUUAUCCUUCUACCUGAUGCAGUGCUGUCCUGCUCCCGCAGUGUUUUGUUAUCUGCUGAGUGCACUGCUAGAUGCCUUUGAUGGACACGCAGCCCGAGCCCUUAAUCAAGGCACUAAGUUUGGUGCCAUGCUGGACAUGUUAACAGACCGCUGUGCCACUAUGUGUUUGUUGGUGAAUCUGUCGCUUCUGUACCCAUCCUACACCUUCCUCUUCCAGUUAAGCAUGUGCUUGGAUAUAUCCAGCCACUGGCUGCAUCUGCACAGUUCUGUGAUUAAGGGAGCGACCAGUCACAAGGCCAUUGACCUGUCUGGCAACCCCAUUCUCAGGAUCUAUUAUACCUCCAGGCCAGUGCUGUUUUUCAUGUGCAUGGGGAAUGAGUUGUUUUACUGUCUUCUCUACGUGAUAUACUACAUUGAAGAGCCACAGGUGUGGCUGCAGUGGCUGCUGGGAGUGUGUGCUGUGGUCAGUCUGUUGAAGUCAGGCAUCAGCGUCCUCCACCUCAUCACCGCCUCCCGUAACAUGGCCGCCAUCGACCUGGCUGACCGUGAAAGCGAGAGGAGUAAGACCAAAUGAGAGAGGAAUGAGGGAAGAAAUCGAGGGGUGUGGCUUUAUGUGGGAGAGGGAGUGAAUGACAAACAGGUGGAUAAAAUAAGGGAAGACACAUGUGGAGCUGGAGAUGUAAAAGUCGAUGCAGGCCAGUGUUCAUAGAAAGGAAUUAUGGGACCAUUUGGGCACUGAUGAUUUAUUAAUUUAUUCAGAGACUACUAGAGAUAAUGUUAUUCAUGUAGCAGAAUGCUGUUGUUUUAAUCUAAAGAUCUCAUAUUAAAUAUUGUUUGCGUUUGUCCCUUACGUCAUCCCCUUAGUUAUGGUUUGGAGGUUUGUGUGUGUGUGUAUAUUGCAUGUUUAAAUUGUGGGAAAGUAGAACAACUUACUGCACUAUCGCCCUCCAACCCCACCCCUUCCCACACACACACACACACACACCUAUAUUCCCUGACCACCCAGACAAAGAAAUUACUUGUGCAUCUACAUUUCAGUCAAACUGAAAGGUGCCUUCUAUUUUAUUUUGUUUAUUUUAUGUGAUGUUUUAUUAUUAUUAUUAUUGCUGUUUCUAUACAUGUACCAUUCAUUAUAUAUCCUAGUGAUUUGCUGAAUUGCUGAUAUGUGAGUACCAUAUUACACAAAUUUGUGUAUCCAUGACCACUUAACCCAAAAGGAGCAAUAUUCCUCUACGUCAUCUAUAUCCUAAUGAAUGUAUCAGUGGGUCGUGGUAAGAGUAUUCUUGUCUAUGGAUGUACUCUUUGUACUGUACUAGGUUGUAUGGCAAUAAAGAUAUCUUUUCACAAUA